AUGACGCUCAACCCGCAGCAGCUCAACGGGCGCGAGGCGGUGCCGUCGCUCGAUUUGACGAACAAGGGCAUCGGACCCGGAUCGGCUGCCGUCAUCGCGGCGGGUCUCUCGGUCAACGGGGUGCUGACCGAUUUGCGCCUCAACUUCAACAUUAUCCGCGACGAGGGCGCGAAGGCGAUCGCCGAGGCGCUGCGCAGCAACGGGGUCUUGACCAGCCUAAACCUCUACAGCAACUGCAUCCGCGACGAGGGCGCGGCCGCGAUCGCCGAGGCGCUGCAGGGCAACGGGGUGCUGACCAUCCUCAAUCUCAGCAGCAACGGCUUCGGCGACGAGGGUGCCAAGGCGCUAGCAGCCGCUCUUCGCGUCAACGGGGUAUUGACCGAGUUGGACAUCGGCGUGAACAAGAUCGGCGACGAGGGUGCCACCGCGCUGGCCUCCGCUUUGGAGGUCAACGAGGUAUUGACCGAGUUGCAGCUCGGCUCGAACGGGAUCGGCGACGAGGGCGCCAAGGCGCUGGCCUCCGCUCUGCGCGUCAACGGGGUAUUGACCUCCUUGGACGUGAGCUACAACAGCUUGACCGAGGAGGCGGCCCUCGGCAUCGUGCGCGUCGAGCGGCAGCGCAACAAACUCACCUCGCUGAGCUUGAGUCGCUGCAGCAUCGGCCCAACUGGCGCCGCAGAGAUCGCCGAGUACGUGUCGGGCAGCGGGGUGCUGACCUCCUUGAAGGUGCGCGGCAACAAGAUCGGCCCCACUGGCGCCACCGCGAUCGCCGACGCCCUCAAGGGCAGCGCGGUGCUGACCUCCUUGAACGUGGGCGACAACUACAUCGGCCCCACUGGCGCGACCGCGAUCGCCGAGGCGCUGCGCGGCAACGCGGUGUUGACCAACUUAGACCUUCAUCCCGGCUGUGGGAUUGGCGUCGAGGGUGCCAAGGCGAUCGGCAGUGCUCUCGCGGUCAACGGGGUGCUGAAAAGCAUCGACCUCAGCGACAACAACUUGGGCGAUGAGGGGGAGAAAGCGAUUCACGAUGCUGUGAGCGGGCGGGAAGGGUUCGAGCUCGAGAUGUGA